GGUCAGAGUCUACGUGGUGAGGUUUGGAAUCACUAAUCCGGUUGUACACUUAUCACCAUGUUGGAGUUGCGUAGUGGGAAGAGUACUAGCCCAUACACCCCUGAGCAGCAAGAGAAGAUGGCCGCCCUAGUGAGAGAAAACAGGGAGAGGAAGGAGCUCGAGAAGCAGGCGAAGCUAAAGGCUAUCGCAGAGGAACAGGCGGCUAACAUGAAGAGGUUGGAGGAGGAGAUGAAGAAAGUUCAGCAGGAGGAAGAAGAGAGGAGAAAGGUUGCUGAAGAAGAAGCGGCAGCAGAAGAAGAAAAAGAAAGAAUGCGUAUUGAAGGAGGAGAAGGGAGUAGUGGCACGAAGAGGGAUACAGAUGAAGAGAUGGAGAAGAGGAUAAGUGAGUGGGUCGCUAAUUUAUCGUUGGGAGAAGACGAAACGGCGAGAAAGGGAGGAGGAGCAGAAGUUGGCAUGGAAACUGAGGAUGAAGACGGAGAAGAAGAGGAGGAGAGAGGAAGUCAAUAAACUGACUGCAGAGGUGGCGAAGGUGAAAGAGUGUAAAAAAGAAGUGCAGGCCCUGGCAGACGACAAGGCCAAAUGGGAUAAG